GUUCGGCUGCGUUGACCUCCCCCUGCAUUCACCUCUAAUGAGAAGCCAUGUUUCGGUCUUUGAGAACCGUCCAGCAGUUUAACUGCAAGCUCCAGGCUUUACAAAGACUCCACGUCCACUCCAGACGACUCCUCUGCACCUCCAGGAUGAGCUGCUCACAGUUCAGGGUGGAGCGGGACACGUUCGGUGAGCUGAAGGUCCCAGCCGACAAGUACUACGGAGCCCAGACUGUCAGAUCCACCAUGAACUUUAAGAUCGGGGGGCCGAGCGAGAGAAUGCCCCUCCAAGUGAUCAAGGCCUUUGGGGUCCUGAAGAAAGCUGCUGCUGUGGUGAACAAGGACUACGGCCUCAACCCACAGGUGGCAGAUGCGAUCAGCCAGGCUGCAGACGAGGUGGCAGCGGGUAAGCUGGAUGAUCAUUUCCCUCUGGUGGUGUGGCAGACUGGAUCUGGAACCCAGACCAACAUGAACGUCAACGAGGUGAUCAGCAACAGGGCCAUUGAGAUCAUGGGAGGGAAGCUGGGCUCCAAGGAUCCCGUCCACCCCAACGACCACGUCAACAAGAGCCAGAGCUCCAACGACACCUUCCCCACCGCCAUGCACAUAGCUGCGGCCACAGAGGUCCACCAUGUCCUGCUGCCCGGCCUGCAGGCUCUCCACGAUGCUCUGGCUGCCAAAUCUGAAGAGUUCAAAGAUAUCAUCAAGAUAGGGCGCACACACACUCAGGAUGCUGUGCCGCUCUCACUGGGACAAGAGUUCGGUGGUUAUGUCCAACAGGUCAAGUACAGCAUCCUGAGAGUGAAGUCCGCCAUGCCCAGGGUGUAUGAGCUGGCAGCAGGUGGCACAGCGGUGGGAACAGGACUCAACACCCGAAUUGGCUUUGCUGAGAAAGUGGCCUCCACCGUUGCUUCUCUCACAGGCCUGCCUUUUGUGACGGCUCCCAACAAGUUCGAAGCCCUGGCAGCCCACGAUGCCCUGGUGGAGCUGAGCGGAGCCCUGAACACUGUGGCUGUCAGCAUGAUGAAGAUUGCCAACGACAUCCGCUUCUUGGGGUCAGGACCCCGCUCCGGCCUCGGGGAGCUCAUCUUACCAGAGAACGAGCCGGGAAGCAGCAUCAUGCCGGGCAAGGUGAACCCCACCCAGUGCGAGGCCAUGACCAUGGUCGCGGCCCAGGUGAUGGGGAACCAUGUGGCGGUCACCAUCGGAGGCAGCAAUGGACACUUUGAGCUCAAUGUCUUCAAACCCAUGAUCAUCAAGAACGUGCUGAACUCUGCACAGCUACUGGGCGACGCGUCUGUCUCCUUCACCAAAAACUGCGUGGUGGGGAUCCAGGCCAACACAGAGAGGAUCAACAAGCUCAUGAAUGAGUCCCUCAUGUUGGUCACAGCACUCAACCCACACAUCGGCUACGACAAAGCGGCCGCCAUCGCCAAGACGGCUCACAAGAAAGGCACCACGCUGAAGGCUAUGGCCAUUGAGCUGGGAUACGUGACCGAGGAGCAGUUCGAGCAGUGGGUGAAGCCAAGUGAAAUGCUGGGGCCAAAGUAAACUCACAGGACACGACUACACACAAAAUACCCUAUCAACUGUGAGAAGUGUUUCUGUCCGAUCAAAAGAACUGUCUGCACAUAACCUGAAGAUCUCGUACUUAAUAAAAGCUGAGAAUCCUCUGCUGUUGUGUGAUGCAGCUUCUUACUGGUGUUAAUUCAGCUCACUGUUAUUGAACCAAAACAUUUUCUUACAUCCAUAAUAGAUCUGAGCCAAAUGAGUUUUAAUCAAUUGGCCCAAAAUUUGCAACAUAUGAUGCAAAGACAGACAAAAUGUUAAAUCAAUUAGUACUCCAGUUAUUUAUGAAUGAUUUGUCACACAUUAAGCUGUAUGUCUUAAAUUUAGUUGUCAGUCAGCAAUGCAGUACUUUUGCAUACACCCGUCUCCACAUAGAUACAACUGUUUCUGUAGCAAAAUGCAAAUACACAUUUGGUUCUGGGAUUCAAAGUCUCACUCCGUGCCUCUCGGUUUAGUUUGUACCCUCACUUCAGUUCCCAUAUUGACUCUGUGCCAUCCCAAAUAAUUCAACAUGGACUUCUGUACCUCGUGUGUUCUGGUUUACAGUUCCUGUAUCGAUUGUGCAAUGUCAGUUCAAAUGAAAAUUUAUAUAAAAAACAUUUUCUGGC